AUGAGUUCCCCACGCCGCCGUAUCGAGACAGAUAUGCUCAUGAGCGACUAUGAAGUCACUUUGGAAUUCUAUGUGAGGUUCAAAGGGCCUGCCGAAACCCCCUUUGAAGGCGGCAUCUGGAAAGUCCGCGUCGAGCUACCCGAUCAGUAUCCAUACAAAUCCCCUAGCAUUGGCUUCGUGAACCGAAUCUUCCAUCCCAACAUUGAUGAGCUAUCCGGAUCGGUUUGUCUAGACGUCAUCAACCAAACAUGGUCGCCAAUGUUCGAUAUGAUCAACAUCUUUGAAGUAUUCCUGCCUCAGCUUCUACGUUACCCGAACCCUACCGAUCCUCUCAACGGUGAGGCCGCUGCCAUGUUGCUCAGAGAACCCAAGACCUACGAGAACAAGGUAAAAGAAUAUGUCCAGAAGUACGCGAGUAAGGACGCGGCAGACGAGGCGGACGCAGAAAGUGAAGACGACGGCGAACUAUCAUCCGUGGCUAGCUUCGACGAGGAAGACGACGAGGAGGCCGCCGGUAAGAUGGACGACGUCUAG